AUGCCCGCACUAUGGAGAACGAAGAUCGAGUCAUUGCCGCCGUCGAAGCUGAAGUCAUCGCCGAUUAGACCGAACGCUGCUCGAACCUGCCCAUCACCGCCUACCAGGAUUUGCGAUUCUCCAAGCCCACAUGGACCACUGGUACCAUCGUCGAACGUACAGGAAAGGUCACAUACCGCGUCAGGUGUCAAAGACAACUAUGGACUCGCCAUGCUAACCAACUCCGACCUAGGAACGACUGGAACGCGACUGAGACGCUACUGGACCUACAUAUAUGAAAUCCCAAUGCCAGUCGACAUGGAUUCGGACUCGGAUAUCACAACUGCCAUUCAAAGGACCCCAUCUCCUGUUCUACGUCGCUCAACAAGGAUGCCAAAGCCGUUCGUCUCGGCUUUCAUCAAUCAUUCAUCAAUGCUGAUCUGGGAACACUCGACCUUAUUCACCAUUUGA